UCCCACGUGAAAGAUUUUUCCCCCAUAUUUAAAUGUAUCACAUGGUGUAGGAGAAUAAAUGAAUAAAAUUACUGGCAAAUUAUUCGAACACAAUUAUUUCUAUUAAUAAUUAGAUGAAAACUUCAUUUAAUUAAAAAAAUUAAGUUAAUAACUAGGUAUACCCAAAAGGCAGUCAAAUUGCAAUUGAGUUUCAAAUUAGCUUCAGAUAAGGAAAUAGCAAUGGCAGCUUCUGCAGCAAAGAAGGUGUGCGUAACUGGUGCAGGAGGAUUUGUAGCGUCUUGGCUUGUUAAGCUUCUUCUUUCCAAAGGUUACGUUGUCCAUGGAACUGUGAGAGAACCUGGUAGUCAGAAAUAUGAUCACUUGCUGAAGCUUGAGAGAGCUUCUGAGAACCUCACACUCUUCAAGGCUGAUCUCUUGAAUUAUGAAUCUGUUCACUCAGCAAUUUCUGGAUGCAGUGCAGUUUUCCAUGUUGCUAGCCCUGUACCCUCAACAGUUGUACCCAAUCCUGAGGUAGAAGUGAUUGAGCCUGCUGUGAAAGGAACUGUUAAUGUACUUGAAGCUUGUCUUCAAGCUAAAGUGGAGCGAGUUAUCUUUGUAUCAUCUGUAACUGCUGUUUCUAUGAACCCGAAUUUGCCUGAUGACAAAGUGAUUGAUGAGUCCUGUUGGUCUGAUAAAGAUUACUGCAAAAGAACUGAGAACUGGUAUUGUUAUGCCAAGACAGAGGCAGAGGAGCGAGCCCUGGACUUAGCAAAGCGAACUGGGCUUCAGCUGGUAAGAAUUUGUCCUACCCUUGUGUUGGGGCCAAUUUUACAGUCAAGCACUGUUAAUGCAAGUAGCUUGGUUCUCCUCAAACUUGUAAAAGGCUGUGACUCGGUGGAGGAUAAGACUCGUUGGCUAGUAGAUGUUCGAGAUCUAGUUGAUGCAAUGCUUUUGGCUUAUGAGAAGAUUGAGGCAGAAGGGAGAUACUUAUGUCUUUCACAUACUGUCAAGACACGGGAUUUGUUGGAGAAACUAAAGAGUAUAUUUCCAAACUUCAAGUACCCUGCGAAGAUUAUUGAGGUGGAUGAUUACAAGAGUUUCAGCUCAGAGAAACUGCAAAGGUUGGGUUGGAAAUACAGGCCACUGGAGGAAACACUCCUUGAUUCUGUUGAGAGCUAUCGCGAGGCUGGCCUCUUGCAAUCAGAAUAAAUGUUACUAAUAUAAAUGUGACUUAUUUGUGUUUCAGUUCCUACAUGUUACAUGUGUGCUGCAUUAUCACUGUAAUUCCAAGGUUUAUGGCUUUCAGAUUUAGAAUGUUAACACUUGUGGAUAUUCUAGAAUUCUUCUAUUGGAAACCCUGAGACUCGAGUUCGACAGGUAAAUUGAGGACAUUGUAUUCAGUAUUAGAUGCUUGUGAGAAUUAAGUUUGUGGAACUAUCAAUUUCAGUAUGUGAAAAUUAAU